GUGCUCGCACAUCUGACCGAAAAGCUUACCACCCUGCGCUCAGAAAGGACCGCAAUUGCUUCUUUUAAAGCCGCGCUUUCCAACUUCAAGUCCGAUAUGGGUUCCUGCAAGGAGAGGCUCCACUGCCAGGUCACCUUGGCAACUCUGCAGCUGCAGUGCUUAGUCCACUGCUCUCUCGAGGCGUCUAAGCACACCCUCACUUCAGUGUCUGCUGUGGAGGAGGCUAGUUUGAAGAAACUGGAAGAGGAGCCGAGGAAAUUAGAGAGUAUGCGAAUCGCCCAAAGCCAGGUGGCUGAGGAAGUGCGACAAGGAAAGGUAUGUUAG